AUGCCGGGCAAUGCCGCCAAUGCCGACAAUGCCAGAUUCUCGCCCUCAGCUCCCGCGCCUCAGAGCUUUACCCCGCGGUCCCUCCUCGUGGGCUUGAUCAUUGGCGCCCUGAUCACUUUCUCCAACACCUACUUCGGCCUGCAGACAGGAUGGAUCAGUACAAUGGCCAUGCCGUCGGCCCUGAUAGGCUUCUCCGUCUUCAAGGUCUUCUCCAAAUACCUAUCCUAUCCGUUCACUCCCAUCGAAAAUGUCCUUAUUCAAACGGUAGCAGGCGCGGUCGGGACAAUGCCGUUGGGUUGUGGGUUCGUCGGGGUGAUACCCGCGUUGGAAUUCCUGAUAAGGGACGGAGAGGAUGGACCCUCUGGGGAUGGAGGUACCGGAGAGGGAGGACCGCUUAAGCUCAAUUUCGGGAAGCUGGUCCUUUGGAGUCUGGGGGUGUGUUUGUUUGGUGUUGUCUUUGCCGUUCCCCUGCGGAAGGAGGUGAUUGUUCGAGAGAAACUGAAGUUUCCCAGCGGAACGGCUUCUGCUCUCAUGCUGAGAGUUCUCCAUGGAAGUGGCCAGAACGAUGAGAAAGCAAAGACCGGGUUUCGCCACUCCGCGAGAUCCCAACGAGACGAGGAGGAGGAGCCGCUGGUUUCGCGAGAACCUGACGAGAGUGGCACAUUGCUGAAACAGGAUGAUUCUGCGGAUCGAAUCGAUGACAAGAAGGAUUGGAGAUCGAAGAUGCGCCUUCUGGUCGGAGCCUUUGCUGUUUCGGGUGUUUAUACGCUUUUCUCUUACUUUGUCCCUCAAGUGCGUGAUAUUCCUAUAUUUGGGCUUUCUCUCGCCCAGAAUUGGCUAUGGACCCUCAACCCGUCUCCGGCCUAUGUCGGACAAGGUAUCAUCAUGGGCCCUUCGACGUGUAUGCACAUGCUCUUCGGGGCUGUGCUAGGCUGGGGUAUUCUUUCUCCUCUUGCAAAAGCCCGCGGCUGGGCUCCUGGACCGGUAGACAGCUGGGAGGAUGGAAGCAAAGCAUGGAUUGUCUGGGUCUCCUUGGCAAUUAUGCUCGCAGACUCCAUUGUCAGUCUUGGCUGGUUGGUGCUCAAACCCCUAGUUGCGCGUGCGCCUGCUCUCAGAGCGAGGUUCUUCUCGAGUGAUGUUGGUCGCUGGGUCGCAUCAAAAGCGCCAGCCACCUCGACCCGUCAUCACUAUUUCAGUUAUUCGGCUUUAAGUCCGAUCUCUGAGGAACCUUCGUCCAUUCAAAGCCAGCCCGCAUUGUCUACCGGGAGACGGAGCGAAGCUAGUGAUGACGACGAGGAUGCGCCCCCUUCCCAACUGAUCUCUACACGAACUGUCAUAAUUUUGCUCCCUCUAACCUUGAUACUCAAUGUGGUCUGCAUGCACUUUGUCUUCGGGGAUGUAAUGUCCCCCUUACUUUCAAGUCUGGCCACGUUGCUUGCUGUCCUGCUUUCAAUAAUGGGUGUUCGUGCUCUCGGUGAGACCGAUCUGAACCCGGUCUCUGGCAUCAGCAAAUUGACCCAAUUGCUGUUUUCCCUCGCGACUCCGGCAUCUCACUUCUCGCGACGUACCGCACUCGUUACGAACCUCCUUGCGGGCGCGGUCUCCGAAUCGGGUGCUCUGCAGGCCGGGGACAUGAUGCAGGAUUUGAAGACGGGUCAUCUACUUGGCGCUAGCCCCAAGGCCCAAUUCUACGGGCAAAUGAUUGGCAGUUUGGCCGGUGCCGUGCUUUCGACCGCCGUUUACAAGAUGUACGUGAAUGUCUACGAGGUGCCGGGCCCUAUGUUCCAGACCCCUACUGCGUACGUCUGGAUCUUUACAGCGCGCCUCGUCACAGGCCAGGGCCUACCACCCAUGGCCUGGCAGGCCUCCUUGCUGGCCGGCAUCGCCUUCGUGGCGGUCACCAUUGUCCGCAUCGUCGCCGCCUCUCCCGUCGCGAACGGCGGCCAACGCGGCGUCACCGCACCCUGGCGCGCGUGGGUCCCCGGAGGCAUCGCCGUCGCCGUCGGCAUAUUCAACGUCCCGUCAUUCACUCUCGCGCGAGCCAUCGGCGGCGUGAUCGCCUGGUGGUGGUCUCGACGUCACGCAAAGGCCGCGGAAUCCUCCGAGAUGGGACCCCCAACUCAACGGGCCGCUGGCUCAUCAGACCCUACCACCAGCGGCGAGGCACACCACGGCCCAUCUGAGCAGACGACCCACGACGCCGACGUUGCGUCGUCGACCGUCGUCGUCCUAGCCUCGGGGUUGAUCCUGGGCGAAGGGAUCAUUAGCAUUGUCAAUCUCCUUCUCGCCAGUGGAGGAGUGCCCCAUUUGUAGAAGUGAAUAGACCGGUUCUGUGUUUCGUGUCUAUUUCAGCCAUUUGGAACGAUUUUGUCAUGACUGUUUGUUGUUCGGUUAAUCAUGGUUUUAAACAAAAGCGAGGACGGGUAAGUCCCGUCCUGUCAAUGUUGGCGAAUGCAUAUUUUAUAACCCUUAAGCGCACAAGCCCUAAAUCCACACAGGUAAAUAUAUGAGUACAUAUAUAUCACACCAUGUUCCAUAU